AUGGUGUCGGAAGAGAAGAAGGCCUCGGCCGAGGACCGGAAACGACGAUCGGCGACGCACCCGCCCAAGACACUCAGAGAACGCUUCCUCCACUCGCUGCCCUACUACACGGGACCGUACGGCGUGGGCUUCCUCGAGAUCGAGGCGCCGGUCCGCCACCCUCGUGUCGUUUCCGAGCUCAGGCGCGACAAUGUGCCCUUGCUCAGGCUCGACACCGUCCUGUUCGCCAUCUACUACCCGUGCGCACUCAAGUCCAAAACGGACGACCACGCCGCUCCUGAGCACGGCCACAACAACAACAACAAGCAGAAGAAGAAGGCCGGCGAGAAGAAGCCAAAGCUCUCACGAGUCGGAUGGCUUCCGCGUCCGCGGGUCCUAACUUGCAAGGGCUACGCCAAGUUCUUCAGCGUCCCGAACCUACCGGUGACGGCUUACAUCGCCGCCACCUCCAUGUUCACCAAGCUCCCGGCGCUGCGCAAUGCCAAGCUUGCGGGGCACUGGCCGGAGGAAAUGCUGGGCGACGAGGGCCCGACUGGACGAACGGCGCGGAACGAGGAAUCGAGCUCCAGCACGAAGCCAAAGUUCCCCGUCAUCAUUUUCAGUCAUGGCCUCGGGGGCUCCAGGAUGAGCUACAGUUCCAUCUGUGGAGAGUUGGCAAGCUACGGCUUCAUCGUCGUGGCAGUAGAGCACCGCGACGGAAGCGGUGCCAGAACCUACGUCAACCUCCCUGAGAACCGAGAGGUUUCUGACAGUGAUUCAUCGGUGGCCCAGGCAUAUGUCAAGACCGUGAGCGCCAAGAAGAUUAAGAACAGCAAGACGGGGAAAAAGAGCGACCAGCAUUACUGCGUCGACUAUCUCUUCCCCAAGGACAAUGCCCAGGACACGGCGCCGCACAACGCCCGCGGGGUUGACACCGAACUGAGAACCGCCCAAAUCGAGAUGAGGAUGGCGGAGAUGGAGGAGGUGUACCGCAUCCUCGGGUACAUCAACAGCGGCCAGGGACACGAAGUAGAAGCCAUGAACAUGAGAAGAAAGGGCAACGUCGCCUCCAGCUCCAAGGGCUUGACGGGAAUCAUGUGGGAGGACUGGAAGGGCAGGAUGUUCCUCGACAACGUAACCAUCAUGGGCCAUUCGUUCGGCGGAGCGACGACGGUCGAAACCCUGAGGACGGAGUCGCUCACCUGGGUCGGCCAGGGCAUCAUCCUCGAUGCUUGGGGCCCGGCCACGCCUCAUGCGGGAGACGACGUCCGACACCGCGUCACAAAGCCACUCCUGUCGAUCGGGUCCGAGGCCUUUAUGCACUGGCAGGAAAACUUUGACAGACUCGUCGACAUUUGCAAUGAGGCAAGGGCAGAGGAUGCACUCACUUGGAUGAUGACCAUCCGCGGAUCAACGCAUCUCUCUCAGACCGACUUCGCCAUUCUGUAUUCGACCUGGAUGGACCUACUGUUGAAGACUCUGGUCAAUCCCCUGAGAGCCAUCUAUCUCACGAUAUCGCCGUCACUCGAGUUCCUAAAGAUCACCCUGCCGCCGGAGCAGACAAAGUACAACACAUGGGUUGAUGAGCAGAUUCUCAAAACGACAGAGUCACCAUCGGAACCACUCUCAGUGGUGACGCAUAAUCAUCGCCCCGACGAUCGAUGGAUCGCCGUCCGCCUCAAGGUAGAGAACGAGGCGGCGCUGCGAAUGAAGAAUUGGCUCCGUCACAAGAACCGGGUGCUUUUCAGGAAGGGCGAAGGAUCAGGCAUGCCCUCGGGGCUGAUCAACUGGGGCGAGGGCAACGAGGUUUGGAUGCACGUGAGUCCGGGCCGCGAGUCCGUGGAGAAGCAUAUGCAGCAAAACGAGCGGAGAACGAGCGAGAACCAAGCCUAG